GACGGGCCCCUGGACGGCCUUGGCCUCCGGGCAGGCGGCAGACGGCGGUGUGCGCGCCCCGGCCCUGAAUCGCUGCGUCUCAGCCACCAGGAGAAAGAAGAUACUGGGACAGAUCAAAGUCACGUCUCUGAGUUCUGACCCGCUCGUCCACAGAGUCACCCUUCUCGCUGAGCCUCAUUAGUUUAAGGUCCUCUGGCGCUGUCCCGUGGGCUGCUGACUGUGCCUCUCUCCAGUGACUCUCCGGCCCCUGGCUCCCCGUCCAGCGCCCUGCACGUCCCCGGAAGAUGUUCCUGGUGGGCCUGACGGGGGGCAUUGCCUCAGGCAAGAGCUCCGUGCUGCAGGUCUUCCAGCAGCUGGGCUGUGCGGUGGUUGAUGUGGACGUCAUUGCCCGGCACGUCGUCCAGCCAGGGUACCCUGCCCACCGCCGCAUCGUGGAGGCCUUCGGCACCGAGGUCUUGCUGGAGAACGGCGACAUCAACCGCAAGGUCCUGGGAGACCUGAUCUUUCAGCAGCCUGACCGGCGGCAGCUGCUCAACGCCAUCACCCACCCCGAGAUCCGCAAGGAGAUGAUGAAGGAGACCUUUAAGUACUUCCUCCAGGGGUACCGCUACGUGAUUCUGGAUAUCCCGCUGCUGUUUGAGACCAGGAAGCUGCUCAGGUACAUGAAACACACCGUCGUGGUGUACUGUGAUCGAGACACACAGCUGGCACGGCUGAUGAAACGGAAUGGCCUGAGCCUUGAGGAUGCCGAGGCCCGCGUCCAGGCCCAGCUGCCCCUGAAGGACAAGGUCCGGAUGGCCAACCAUGUACUGGACAACUCGGGCGAGUGGGGUGACACACGGCGCCAGGCCAUCCUCCUGCACAUGCGGCUGGAGCAGUCGCUGGAGUACCUGCCGCUGCGGCUCAGCGUGCUCGCAGGGCUGGCGGGUAUUGCCAGCCUCUUCUACCUGCUCGCCCGCUACCUGCUGCCCUCCCUCUAGCAGGGCGCAGCCCCUGCGCACACCUGGGUCUGGCUGGCCAGCCCUCCUUCCCUCCCGCCCCCCCAGCACCCCUCCAGCUCCUGUGACUGGGCAGCAUGGUCACAUUGGGGUGGGGGUUGUGGCUCUGUGGUCUCCUGGGGCCCAAGGCUCUCGGGCUUGAGUCCUCCCUGGCUUCUGCCCCAUUUAAACCAGAACCCUGUGGACUGGGGGAAACCUUUUGGAAGAGGGUGUCCACUCUGAGAGGGGUCAGGGUGCUGCGGCUGGCAGGCCCUGCCCCUGCGCUGCCCCCAGGCACCCAGCCCAGGCUUCCACCACACUGGUGGGAGCCCUGAGCCCCUGGCACCCACAGGCCCUGCUGCUCCUUACCAUGUGCCUCCCAUGUGCCUCCCUCCAGGAGCCCUGGCCUGGGAGUCCACUCCCACCCACCCCUGCCACGCCGCAGCAGCUAACCCGGCCAGGCGCUGUUGAAGCCUGGCUGGUCGGGGCCUGGGAGCUGCCUCCUCCUGCUCCCUGUAAUCCAUGGUUUCCCCAGCUCGGAGCCUUGACUUCUGGAGACGUGGGCCUCCUGGGGCAGGGCUGUCCUCACCGCUGCUCCUGCGCUGAGUCGGCUCCUGUGGUGCUCGAAUAAAGUGUGAUCCAGACAAA